AUGCAGACUACCGCCAGUUCCUACGAAGCUGACGGGGAGUACAAACGAGGCCAUGUCCCCAAUCUCUCAAUAAGCGACGACAGCCAUCAUGUGACCGAGACCAUAGGCCAUCUGUACGGCGACAGCUACGAUCGUCGAGACUCCCGACGACUGAGCUACAUAUCCUCCCCACUCGGCGAGACGCUGUCCGUGACCCCGGCAAGCACGACCACGACAAGUAAUGGAAGUAUGGAGGCAUCCAGCAGGACAGGCGCCGUCCCGAAGAACAACAACAACAAUAAUGGCCAGAGGUCAUCAGACGGGCCGUCGCGGCCACCAAUCACCACAAAAGCGUCCUACGAGAGGGAGCCCUCGUCACCCGUGCACCUAUCUCCCGCCGACACCGCCAACUCCUCCUUUCCUCUCAACGAUAUAGACUAUGAGUCCGAUCCAGCCGCCAUCACCCAGGAACUCCACAACCUCGCCGCCAUCCGCAGAAUGUCCAUGGACGUGACGGGCGACCCCGAUUUGCCGUCGUUCUCGAAUAUCCAAGUGCCGUCCAUAGCCCCAUCCGCGUCGGCCGACGAAAAUGACGCUUCUCGGCUGUUCUGGGUGCCUGCCCGUCUUCACCCCGAGCUCGCUCCGAAGGAAUUCAAAUCGUUCUUGGAAAGUAAAACAGAACAGAUUAAGCGGAGGUCCGGCGAUUUCUCUUCUAGCUUGUCGGUAAAUGGCGAGGAAUCGAGUGGCGGUUUACGCCGAAAACGAUCGAUGCUUUCGAGGCAAAUUGACGACUCGACUGAAUACACAGAUGGCGCUGACAAGCUGGAGAGGAAACGUUCAGAAGGCAGAUCAAAAACAGACACACCCAAUCCGAAUCUGCAGGAACUGGAGGAACUGGUUGAUGAUACGAAACAAUUAAAUAAAGAAGCAUUUGCCCUGCUAGGAGGUGUCGAGCGUCUGGAUAUGUCGGCGACGGAGGAUAAGCCUAUCCUCCCUCCAGCCCCUCCUGGUCAUAGCCUGAAACGCUCUACUAGGACCCAAUAUCGAAAAGGCAGCUUAAAGAAGGGCGAACGACCACCUUAUUCAAAACGACUUGGCAGAACCCCAGAAACAUUAGGAGGAGACCCGCUGUCCACAACAGCCGAGGAUCCCCCCAAAAUCAAACCUCUAGCCCGAUCAUCCACCGAUCCUGGUCGGAGUAUCUCAGAAAGACAGGUGCCCGAAAGACCAGUCCAGCCAGUGCUGUCAACCGAUCUUUCGCCCAAAGGCAACGCCUUGCCACCGGGAAGCACAUCAAAUUCCACGUUUGACUCUAUUCUCGACCCGAAAGCUGCUGGACCUUCGCAGCCUCGUCAGUGGCAUUCUCGACUCAGUUCGAAUGGCCGGUCCACGGUCCAAACUCCCUCGUCCGCUCAGCCACUUCCUCAAAUAGUGGAAACACCCCCUCCUGCCGAACCGAGCAGACAGUCGUCGUCUAGUUUGCAGUCUUCUAUGAUCCCUGAGCGGACAUCUUCCCACGAUCCUUCUGUCUUCAACAAGCGGCCAGCUUCGCAAAGACAACAUAAUUCACAAACAUUAAACGAUAUUACCUCACAUCCAGCACUGUUGCCAGGGAACUCGACACGAACUGAUAAUUUGUCGGUAAUCCCGACUUUUAUUGAAGAUAAGAAACCAGAGAAUAAGAAAUCUAAGGAUAAAAAGGAUGAAGGGAGUCGCAAAUCGAGUUGGCCGUGGUCGCGUGGCUCGGACGACAAGGAAAAGAAGAAGGACUCUGAAGGGAAGAAGAGUAAAACAAAGCAAAGUGCGGCAGAGAAGGCAUACGAUAAGCUAGAUAACACCCGUCUGGACGUGCUGCAGACAUCCAUUGAUAGCGUGCCUCGAGGCCGCGAAAGUUUGGUCUUAGAGCGACCCGUUGAUCAGCGACUCGAAGAGGAACGAAGAAAGGAGAGCGCGCGCAAGUCUUCAGACUCGAAAAAAGAUAAAGAAGGCUUGCUUUCGUCAAUAUUUGGUGGCGGCAAGAAGAAAAGCGGCGGCGAUCACAAGAAGAGCUCCUCUCGAACAUUAUCCCCGGAGCCUUCAUCUAUUCGAUUAAUCCCGGAUGAGGAUUAUCCCUGGAGUCGGUUCAACAUCAUGGAAGAGCGGGCCAUCUAUCGUAUGGCUCACAUAAAGCUAGCGAAUCCUCGUCGACCGCUUCAUUCGCAGGUUCUCCUGAGCAACUUUAUGUACUCGUAUUUGGCCAAGGUCCAGCAAAUGCAUCCCCAGAUGGGCAUCCCGACGUCUCCUUCUCAGAGAGUGCAGCAGCAGCAGCAGCAGCAGCAGCAGCAGCAACAACAACAACAACAACAAUCAGAUCAGCCGGAUGAAUAUACCCAAUAUCAACGUUACCAGGAGCAACAAUACGUGGAUCAGAGCUAUGACGAGUACGAUUACGAAUCCGACGAUCGCGGCGACCAUUACCAAUCUCACUCAGGAAGCAGUCGACAGGGCUACGAAAACGACAACGCAUAUGGCCAGCGCCAGCAUUACAGUGGCUCUUAUGGGUCUCUUGGAGACGCGGCACAGUUAGACAACGACGAGGAGAUGUGGUGAACUCCCUCUCUCCCUCUUUUCUCUCUUAGUGACCCUUUCUUUAUCAUAAUCAUUCUCACCUCAGGUUCUUAUGGCGUCUACCGGCGUCUUAGAGGGCAUAGCGUUCGAUGGAUAGUCACCAUUCUCAUAACACAUGUAUUCCCUAUUAUUUCAACGUUUUCUUACUUACAUGCUGUGACGACUGCGACGGGUUAUUUAAUUAGCAUCCAUAUUGUGUAUUUAAAUAUAUCAAGCAUUGGAGGUGCUUGCGGGUUACAACAAAUCAUAAUUAUCAACGUUAAUACUAGUACGUAUCAAUACCGCAGUAAGUAGAAGGACCCCGGGGUCAUCACGUGACCAAUCGUCGCCUGCGCCACGGGGUCAUGGAGGAUCGACAUCAACGU